CAAAGAGUCCUGGUUCUGCUGUAACACGUUUAAAAUAUAUUAUUCGUCAUCCGCUGCUUCGCGCAAAAGAGCGAAAUAAUGGAAAGUAGAGCAAAGGUCAUAUGACGUAAUCAGCUUCGCCAGUAAAUCACGUGAAGAUGGUGGAGUUCAUAAGUUAUCAACUUGUGAUGAUAUCAUUCACACUCUGGGUUAUGUGAAAUAUAUCCCCCAAGUCGAGUCCUCGGACUCCCUCCACUGCCAGCCAUGAAGUCCCUCCUCCUAAAAUAUUUUGUCCUCUUAAUUUCAAUUUCCCUCAGCGUAACAGCCCUUCGUGGCGUCCCUGAGAGCCUCAAUUUCCGCCUCGUUACCCGCCGCCGUCUCCUCCCGCGAAACUUUCAAAUCCCCACAACUAUUGAAGCAAACCCGAACACAUUCUCCUUGCUGCUCCCGCCGCAAGACCAGGUGGCAAUGGGGAACAGUAACAGUCGCCAGCAAGGCAAAGGCAACGAUCCCAGUGGAAAAGCCCACCGAGACCUCUUCGUCUCCGACAUCCUCGCGAAGACUCGCGAAGUCAACAUCUUCUCCUCCCUCACGCGGGAUAUCGAGCCUGUCUCCGCCCGCUUCAACAAUGAGUCGGAGAAGAGCACCGUACUAGCUCCGCUGAAUUCCGCAAUUCAGGGAUUGCCCCGCAAACCCUGGGAGGACCCGGAGGAUUACAAGAACUUUGGAGAGAAAGCAGCUUAUGCGGGAAAGGAAGGGGAAGGGAGAGCGGCAAGGAAUCUGAGGCGUUUUGUUGAGGCGCAUAUUGUACCGGUGAGCCCAUGGUCGUCUCAUGAAACGGUUAAAACUGUCGGUGGUGGCGGGGUCUUUUGGAAGAAAGGCGAUGAUGGGAAGGUUUAUAUUUAUCCGGGUAAAAUCGAAGUCCAGAAGAUUAUGACUCAGGCCUCCAACGGGGAAGUCUGGGUUCUUAAGGGGGUUGUUAAUUAUGUCUGAGCCUCAACUGGAUUAAUGGUGCUAAUGGCAUCGGCGUCGGCGGGUGUAUUUCUUUCAUGACAACUAUGAUUUAUGGCUUUUCGUUUUGAUAUCCCGGAACAGCUUUCUCAAUUUUAACAUCUUCUGCUUGGGAUUGACAUGGUUAUGGGGCAUGUUUAUCAUUACGGAUGCACAUUUCUCAAGAUCUAUAGGUCACGAUAUGAUAUUAAAUCAAACUUCAACGCUACACAGCGAACUCUUUAAUUGCCUGUAAAAUUUCAAAUAAUAUAGUACAUCAUGGUCUCGUCAUUCUACCCAACUC